AAACCUCAGAUUUUGUCAUGACUUCACAUUACAAAACCAUCAUCAUCACCACCAUAAUGUUCCACCUCCAUCAUCGCCACCCCUUUCAAAGUCUUCAACUUUAGAUUCGUUUUUUUUUUAUUCUCAUAACACAAUUCAACCCUUAAAGAACACUUUAAAAAACAUGUCAAAACUAUAACCCCUUUUCUCUUUAUUUUUUUCCCUGUUAUAUCAAUCACUUCUUUACACAAACUCACAUACAUGGACCUAACCAAGGACACAAAUUCUCAAACCCCUCCACAACCCAACACCACCACAAACGGUUCCCUCAAGCACCACCACCACCACCCAACCACCGUGUCACCGCCGCAACAGCCACCCUCCACGACGGUUUUCUACAAAGAGUGCCUCAAAAACCAUGCAGCCAGCAUAGGUGGUCACGCGCUUGAUGGGUGCGGUGAAUUCAUGCCCUCUUCUUCAUCCAACCCCAAUGAACCGCGCUCGCUAACGUGCGCCGCGUGCGGAUGCCACCGUAACUUCCACCGCCGCCGCGACACACAGGAAAAUCAUCACCGCUCCAACUCCAGGCCCAAUUUCAUAAGCUUCUACCACUCUCCGCCGCUGUCUCGUCACGGGCCGGGCCUGAGCCCAACUCCAAGCCCGAUGUCGAGCCCAAGCCCCCCGCCAAUCUCGCAUCAUUUCCCACCUUCCUCCCACCAUUUCCAAGGUCCAAUACCGGCCCACGGGCUUUUGGGCCUUGGAAAUGAAAAUCACCAUCAUCACAUGAGUUUUAAUUUUAACUCUUCUUCCCACUCCACCCAAGGAAACACGAGUGGAAAGAAGAGGCAUAGGACCAAGUUCAGCCAUGAACAGAAACAAAAAAUGUACAAUUUCGCCGAGAAAUUGGGUUGGAGAAUGCAGAAAGCAGAAGAAGGAUUGGUGCAAGAUUUCUGCAACGAGAUUGGCGUUUCAAGAGGGGUCUUCAAGGUGUGGAUGCACAACAACAAGAACACUUCUGCCAGGAACAAAUCGUUGGAACCAGGUGAAAAAAUCAAUGGCACUGGUACUCAUAGUAAUAAUAAUAAUAAUCAUCCUUACAACACAAACAGCACCAACGAUGACACUCACUGAAGUUAAUUAAGGUAGUUUUUUUUUUUUUUUUUGUCUAUUUUCAUGUUUCUGAUUAUGGAUCAUCGUUAAUUGUCCUAAUCUUGAUCCGUUGAGAAACUUAGAAUUGGGAAUGGAGCAAGUAGAAAAUUCAAAAAUUGGAUACUAGUUUGUGAUAGUUUUUGUUUAUUAAUAUUUCGAUAAUUUUUUUUUUUUGGGGUUAAUAUUUCAGCUUAGGCUGAAGAGGAAUCUUUUGUUGUUUUUUUUUUUAGUUGUUACUGUUAAUUCCAUAUGCUAUGACAGUUUGUUUUUGUUGAUAACCUCUGAAAUUAAUUAAUGUCAUUUCAUAAAUGUUUCACCCUCUUC